CCCGCGGGGGAGGGCGGCAGCCCGGGGCCGCCGGCGCCGCGGGAGGACGAGCCUCGCCUGCGCGCCGUCUUCGACGCCCUCGACCGCGACGGCGACGGCUUCGUGCGGGUGGAGGAGUUCGUGCAGUUCGCCACGGCCUACGGCGCCGAGCAGGUAAAGGACCUAACGAAGUACCUUGAUCCGAGUGGACUUGGAGUCAUCAGCUUUGAAGACUUCCAUCGAGGGAUCAGAGCUAUCAAAAAUGGAGAUCCUGACAGCCAGUUGUAUGAUAUGGGAUAUGCCCCUGAGGAGGAAGCCUCGGCCUGUCCUGAUGAGUUUGAUGACUUUGUCACGUUUGAGGCAAAUGAGGUGACUGACAGUGCUUACAUGGGCUCAGAGAGCACGUACAGUGAGUGUGAAACCUUCACGGAUGAAGACACCAGCACACUAGUACAUCACGAGAUGCACGACGAAGUCGAAACGGACAGUGCCAUCGAUUCCACCGUGCAUUCGGAGUUCACGGACCCUAUCGAGGAGCCAGAGCAUGGGUCCCAUCCGCACGACCUCCCCCUGGGCUCCGACCUCAGCCACUCCAUCGUCACGGUAAUUAGCGGAGAGGAGCACUUUGAGGAUUACGGAGAAGGCAAUGAAGCGGAUUUGUUCUCGGACAGCUUGUGUAAUGGGGAAAGCAGCUUUAACAGCUCCUCUUUCCUCUCUCCCAGCACCAAUCCGCUCGCUGCGAAACUGCACAGCAUUAUCGCAGAUGAAGCAUUUGAGUUUUACUGUAGCCAGUGCCACAAACAAAUCAACCGCCUUGAGGAUCUUUCUGCUCGCCUGAAUGAUCUUGAAAUGAAUAGUCCAAAUAAAAGACUCUCAAGCAAGAAGGUAGCAAGACAGUUGCAUCAGACAGGCACGCUGUCCGUGGGUGUGAUGGAGGAGUCCUACCGGGAUACUCUGGAUUGUACAGAAGAGGACAUCACGGACAAGGUUGUCUUCUUGGAGAAGAGGGUGACUGAGCUGGAGAAGGACACGGCUGCCAACGGCGAACAGCACAGCCGCCUGAAGCAGGAAAACCUGCAGCUCGUGCACAGAGCAAAUGCUCUUGAGGAGCAGCUGAAGGAGCAGGAGCUACGAGCUGACCAAACACUCCUGGAAGAGAUCAAGAAGCAGAGGGAGCUACUGAGCAAAAUGGAGAGAGAGAAGAGCAUUGAGAUUGAGAACCUGCAGGCCAGGCUGCAGCAGCUGGAUGACGAGAACAGCGAGCUGAGAUCCUGUGUCCCCUGUUUAAAAGCCAGCAUUGAGAGACUUGAGGAGGAGAAGCAGAAGUUACUGGAUGAGAUCGAAGAUCUCACUGUCCAGCUCACAGAGGAGCAGGAGAACAAGAGGAAGAUGGGGGACAAGCUGAAUCAGGAGAGACAUCAGUUUCAGAAGGAGAAGGAGUCUACGCAGGAGCUCAUCGAGGACCUCAGAAAGCAGCUCGAACACUUGCAGCUCUUCAAACUGGAAGCUGAGCAGCGAAGAGGCAGGAGCAGCAGCAUGGGGCUCCAGGAGUACAACAGCAGGACGCGGGAGACUGAGCUGGAGCAAGAGAUUAAGCAGCUCAAGCAGGAUAACAGAAACCUGAAGGAGCAGAACGAUGAACUGAAUGGACAGAUCAUUAACUUGAGCAUCCAGGGAGCCAAGAACCUCUUCUCAGCCUCCUUCUCGGAGUCCUUGGCUGCAGAGAUCAGCUCUGUCUCCAGAGACGAGCUCAUGGAAGCAAUUCAAAAGCAAGAGGAGAUCAACUUCCGCCUGCAGGAUUACAUCGACAGGAUCAUCGUGGCUAUCAUGGAGACAAACCCCUCCAUCCUGGAAGUGAAGUAAGGGCGGCCAGAAGUCACGGGUUGCGCGCUCUUCGUUGGGUUUGGAUUUGGUGCUCUGAGAGGAAAAAGAGGACUCGAAACGUCUUUGCUCUUGAUGAAGGCACAUGGAAGCAUCACGUCAGAUUGGAUCAAUUAUCCAGUGGACCAGGGAAAAAGAAAAACAGCAGCAACGCUUUGUUGUCUGACUCUGUUAUUUUGAAACCCUUCUGCCUUUGGAGGGUGAAAGGGACCUGGAGAAGAAACACAAGCAACGGACAGCGGAGGAAGGACCUGUAUUGUCCCUGCCACCAGUAAAGCUGGUGCUUUACCAGUGGCUGCGCCCGGGAACUGUCCCUACUGCGAGCGUCAGAGCCUCUGGCGCGCGGGGUGCGAACAGGAGCUUGCCAGCGCCGGGGCUGUAAGCAGAGGGUUUCUCUGAACCGUAGGAUAAAGGGAUGGAGAAGGAAGCGGUGGAGCUGACGUUUUCCCUUGCUGCCCUGUCCAGCCCAAGUAUCUGCUUUGCCAAAGUGUCCGUGACACACUCACUCACUGGGGCAGACCUGGGAAAGAGGGAAACAUGUCCAGGACUUGUAGAAUUUUUUUUUUUUUUUGUUAACUUUAAUGCGAGUUUGUUCAUCCAGCUGGCAGUUAGUGCUUGCCCUGCUGCUUUUGCUUGGGAAGGGGGUUGCGUGCAGAGAGCUAGCUGGCUUCUCUCUCGCUCGCUGUGGAAGGAAGGGGCAGGGGAGCAGCCUUCUCUGGGACAGGGCGUCAGUGCAUUUUGUCACCUGCCUCCUUAUUUAUUUUCGCUGUCUGUGGCUCACCACCCUCGGUGCACCUUUGCGUUCUCAGCUCCGCUGCGCGGCUCAGCAGAGCGGCAGGCGGCCCUCCUGCCCGCUCCCUGCUCCCCUGCUGCCUGUCCUGAGCUCCCGAGAGGUCCGGGCGUUCUCCGUCGAGCCGGGAGACAUGGCUUGAGCUUGCAGGGCAGUAGCUUUAGGGGGCGGACGUGCCCCUCUGCCCCCGCCGUAGAUACACCGGUGCUGCCUUCCCAGCCUGCAGGGACUGGAGGAAAGGCUGUGACUUUUCAACUUGCACUGGAGGCUGGUCCUGGCCAGCUCUCCCCACCCCACCUUGGCUGGUCCGGCCUGGCGGUACCCAGCGCGUGGGCGCGCGGCGUCCAAGGGCAGCCGGGGCCAAGCCUGGCCGCCCGCGAGCUGGGGCGGAGAGUGCUGCGGCUCUCUCCGCGUUGCCUCCUGGGGCCACCCCGCAGCCUGGGGACGGUGCCACGUGGCGGGCAGGGCGCCCGCUCGGAGCAGGGCUCUGCUGGUGAUAGCCGUAGUCCUGGAGGGAGAGCCCGCUCCAGCCCCCUUGCCUUGCUGGGGCCUCCGCUCAGGAAGGCGAGGGGAGCAGCUGCUCUGAUUUCUCGGCCCCCAGAGCCUGCCUGAGCCGAAAUCUCUAUGCCAGUGGGGAGAGGAGGCCGCUGACCAGAGAAUAAAAUCACGGCUCCCUGGGAAACAAAAGCCAUGUUUACAUCGGACAGCUUUUGGCUUGCUGGCAUGAGCAGACCUCGCGCAGCGAGCCCCGCGGCGAGCGAGGGAGCAGCUAGCGCAACAACCUGCUGCUCUCUGCCUUCCAAGAGAAGACAGAGGCCAGGAAGCUCCCGAGGGUCUAGCUUCAUUUAGUACAUUCGGCUCAAAAAAAGGGGUUGGUUUUCCUGCUUGUCACAUUUUGGAAAUGCCAGAAUGGCCUGCAAAUAGAGGCACAAGGAGCUGGCUCUUGGCUGCUGGCCGAGGUGCGCGGGGGGUAUUUUCCUCUCCCCCAAAUGCUUCCGAGCAUGGCUGCACUGAGCACGCAACACGUUCCUCUCCAAGCCGGCGCACUGUUAAAUCGGCCAGCUUGCUUUCUGCCUGAAGGGUGCCGCUAGCCAGGAGAGAUGGCAGAUGCCGCGGUCUGUGCUGCGUGCCCGGCGGCCUGCCGCUCUGCGCCGGGGCCCCGGGGGAAUCGGAGUCCGCGAGCGACUGUCGCGAUGACCCCCUCUGACGCUCCUCUGCGCGCCCGGCUAGCCCGGGCGCUCGCCUGCACGUGGCCUCGUGCGAGGCAUGGCCUCGUGCGAGGCACGGCCGCGCGGUGCUGCUCGGCCUCUCUCCGAGGCUCGACGCCGAGCUCCCCGAGGCUGCCGACGAAAAACCGGGCCGAGGGAGCGCCCCGCCGGACGGAGCCCGGAGGAGCGAGGCCGAGGGCUCGCGCGGAAGGGCAGGUCGGUCGCGCUCGGUCGGAGCGAUGCGCUGCUAUCGCCUUCCUCCGCCCUGCUGUAGCGCGGCCCCGAAAAGCCUUCGGAGGAGCCCGAGCUGCCCCGGCACCCGCUGCCCUCCCUCGCCGAGCCUGCGGGAAGAAGCCACGUAAUGUACAUUUCCAGAGAAGCUUUGGGUGUAAAUCAGUGUAUACUUGGAGAGGGAAAUUUUUCUAUCUUGUAGAGUAGGUAUUUUUAUAGAAUGAAGGUUGAUCAUUUUUUUAAUACUUUAAAGAAGAGAGAAAUGUAUCUGUGUAUACACAAAAGCAUAUAUAUAUAUAUAUAUAUAUAUGUAUAAAUAUAUAAAUAUCGGAGAUUUGCCUUUCUCAACUCGGGAUCGUGGAUCCCCAGUUAAAACAAUCGUCUUUUUUCCUGUCGCUCACAAAGAGGUACUGUAACUGUAAAUAAGCACCGGGAAAAAGUUUUAAGCAAACAAAGCACUGACUUGCACAUUCACCAUGCUUUAAAGUCCCCCUGGAAAAAACUGUACUUCCCGAAAAUGUUCCUCUUUCCCUACUGGUAUGUGAAGGAAGUCCCAACCAAGAGGCAAAAACAGUAUUGUCUUAAAUGAUGUAUCAAUUCUUGUCCGAUUAAAAGCUGUUACUAUUCCUGC